AUGGACAACUUCUUUGCUCUCUUCCGCCGGUACUUGAAUGACAAGGCCAAGGGCAACGCUGUUGACUGGGACCGCAUUGCCCCUCCCGCACAGGGCCAGGUCGUCGACUACGACGACCUUGGCAGCUCCGAGGGUGUUGCCUUCCUCAACAAGCUUGCCGUCCUCAAGCUCAACGGUGGCCUCGGUACCUCCAUGGGCUGCGUUGGCCCCAAGUCCGUCAUCGAGGUCCGUGACGGCAUGUCCUUCCUCGACCUGUCGGUCCGCCAGAUCGAGUACCUGAACCGCACCUAUGGGUCCAACGUGCCCUUCAUCCUGAUGAACUCGUUCAACACCGACGCCGAUACUGCCGCUAUCAUCAAGAAGUACGAGGGUCACAACGUCGACAUCCUGACUUUCAACCAGUCCCGCUACCCCCGCAUUUUCAAGGACUCCUCGCUGCCUGUCCCCAAGUCCUUUGACGACCCUACCGACGCCUGGUACCCGCCCGGCCACGGUGACGUGUUCGAGUCUCUGUACAACUCGGGUGUCCUCGACAAGCUGAUUGAGCGCGGCAUCGAGAUCAUCUUCCUUUCUAAUGUCGACAACCUGGGUGCGGUUGUCGACCUGCGCAUCCUGCAGCACAUGGUCGAGACCAAGUCCGAGUAUCUCAUGGAGCUCACCAACAAGACAAAGGCCGAUGUCAAGGGUGGCACCAUUAUUGAUUAUGACGGCUCGGUCCGUCUGCUGGAGAUUGCGCAGGUGCCCAAGGAGCACGUCAACGAGUUCAAGUCCAUCAAGAAGUUCCGCUACUUUAACACCAACAACAUCUGGAUGAACGUCAAGGCUGUGAAGCGUGUCGUUGAGAACGACGAGCUGGCGAUGGAGAUCAUUCCCAACGGCAAGACCAUCCCCGGUGACAAGAAAGGCGAGUCCGACAUCUCGAUUAUCCAGCUGGAGACCGCCGUCGGUGCCGCCAUUCGCCACUUCCACAACGCGCACGGUGUCAACGUACCGCGUCGGCGUUUCCUGCCCGUCAAGACCUGCUCUGAUCUGAUGCUGGUCAAAUCGGAUCUGUACACCGUCAAGCACGGCCAGUUGCAGAUGAGCUCCAACCGCUUCGGUGAUGCGCCGCUGAUCAAGCUGGGCAGCGACUUCAAGAAGGUUUCCGACUUCUCAAAGCACAUUCCUUCCAUCCCCAAGAUCAUCGAGCUGGACCACCUCACCAUCACUGGUGCCGUCAAUCUGGGACGUGGAGUGACUCUGAAGGGCACAGUUAUCAUUGUGGCCACGGAGGGCAGCACCAUCGACAUCCCGCCUGGCUCGAUCCUGGAGAAUGUCGUUGUCCAGGGCAGUCUGCGGCUGCUUGAGCAUUAA